AUGGGUAUAUUAAGGAGGUUAAGAAAUGUCAAGGUGUCGGAGUGUGAUUGCAAUCCAGGGGCUGGCAAUGAACUCAGUGAAGCUGCUCCUGCCUAUGCUAAGAACUCUUCCCUCUUCUCUGAUCUAGGCAGAUCCUACUUCAAGACUGAAUUCGGUGGGCUGUUUUACACAAUAGAUGUAAUUUCUUCCAACUACACAAAUGAAGAGAUAGGCAUGUACAACCAACCAGAGUUCAGUAGCAUCUCUAUCAGUUCAAUCAUGUAUGCCAGUAGGGAUGUGGGUUCUCACCAUGUCAAUGCAGAUAAAUUAGCUGCAGCUGCCAAAAAUUUUCCUAGUUCAACAAUGCUGGGCCAAGGAGGUACUGGACGUGUCUAUAAAGGGUUCUUAACUGAUUCAGGUCGCAUAGAGCGAAUUUGGGCAAGCUAUGAACAUGCUAAAGAAGAUUUCAUGGCGGAAUUGAAGAUCAUGAGCCAGUUGGAAUGCAGGAAUGUGGUAUCAUUGAUCGGUUGGUGCAUUGAUCAAGGGGAACUCCUACUUGUCUAUGAUUACAUGUUUAAUGGUAGCCUAGACAAGUAUCUCUUUGGGAACAACAGAAUGCACCUCUCGUGGAACCUCUUUGGGAACAACAGAAUGCACCUCUCGUGGAACCUCAGAUACAAUGUGGUUCUCAGCUUGGCUUCUGCAUUGCUUUAUCUUCAUGAAGAUUCUGGGCAAUGCAUACCCCACCGGGAUGUCAAGUCAGCUAAUGUGAUGUUGGACUUCAAUUUCAAUGCUAAACUUGGUGAUUUUGGGGCAGCUCAGUUUCUAGAUCAGCUCUCAAACAAUUAA